CAAAAACACACACGCACACACACACAGGACACACUGAAGGCGAAAUUAUGGAGGAUAGCACUCAGGUGCAUACAAAAUUAAUGGCGCGUGCCAAGCAGGAAUUCGUCCUGGCCUCCGUGCAGGCGCUGCUCCAGAAAAUGACGACGAAAUGCUUUAAAAAGUGCAUCGACCGCCCAGGCAUCACUUUGGAUGCAGCUGAACAAAAAUGCAUCUCCAUGUGCAUGGACCGCUUCAUGGACUCCUGGACACUCGUCUCGCAAACGUUCAGCAAUCGCGUGCACAAGGAGUCGGAGGAUCUGAAGCCAAAGCCUGCGCAGCAUGAGCAACAACAAGAUAUCGCAUAAUGCCGCCUAUGUGCUGGUCAAGCAUAGGUGUUAGUUCAGGUUUCAAUGCCUUAAGUAAGCACUGUAGUUAGUAGCAAAGGUAUGGGGGAAGGAAAACAACAACAAAGAUGACCGCGACUGCUUACGCUUGGAAAGGCAGCGCCAGGCCAACAGAAGUGUCCUCAAAACUAAACCAAAAUAAAUGUUAAAAAAGAAGAAAAAAGUAAUUGUCACUAAAUUGCAUCACAAAAAUCAAGUUAUAGCCCAUCAGCCCCAAGCUA